AUGGGCUCGUAUUCAGUAUACUCGGCCUACGGGCUUACAACGUUUGUGGUCAUAGUCAUCGCGCUAUACCUACUCUUUACUGGUUCUGGAGAGGCGUUCAACGUCGGUCGUUUCUUAGAAGAGACAAGUCCGUAUGCAUUCGCGUCGGUGGGGAUAGGAUUGUGCAUAGGGCUGAGUGUGCUGGGUGCUGGAUGGGGAAUCUUCAUAACUGGCGCAUCAAUUCUCGGCGGCGGAGUGAGAGCGCCGCGGAUACGCACGAAGAAUUUGAUCAGCAUCAUUUUCUGUGAAGUUGUAGCCAUCUACGGUGUCAUUAUUGGCAUUGUGUAUUCCGCGAAAAUGACGAGCGUACCUGACAUGUUGCUAUACACCCCAGAGAACUACUUCACUGGCUACGCGCUUUUCUGGGGUGGAUUGACCGUCGGGGCGUGCAACCUCCUAUGUGGUGUCUGUGUGGGCAUUACAGGGUCGACGGCAGCCUUAGCAGACGCGGCGGACCCAAAUUUAUUUGUCAGGAUCCUCAUCGUCGAGGUAUUUGGCAGCAUCCUGGGCCUGUUCGGUCUAAUCGUUGGCCUCCUCAUGAUUGGGAAGGCUAAGGAGUUCACAGCUGCUGCCCCCGCGAUAGCAGUAGCGUCGCCCUAUGUAUAUUGA